GCUCGAAGCAAAAGAGACGGAGACUCGAAGCCCUUCACUUCUCUUGUUUCCUCCUCUUUUUUUAUAUGCUUCCGUGGAAGUCUUAGCGACGCAUCAUAUUCCCCUCCUCCUUUCUCUCUCUCUCCCUCUCCUUUCGCCUCUCCUCGCGCCCGUACUUGCAAUCACCAAAUUUGCUACUAUUUGCUCCCCCCCCCCUUUGUUUCCGCUCCCCGCUUCCCGCUCCUAUGGGUUCCGAUUUGAAGGAGGAGGCGAUCAAGCGAGCUAAGGUGCUGAUGGUGGGCGCGGGCGGCAUUGGCUGUGAGUUACUGAAGACCCUCGCGCUCUCGGGCUUCCAGGAUGUUCACAUCAUCGACAUGGACACUAUUGAAGUCAGUAACCUGAACAGACAAUUUUUAUUUCGGCAAAGUCAUGUGGGGCAGUCUAAGGCUAAAGUUGCUCGAGAUGCUGUCUUAAAGUUUAUGCCUCAAAUUAAUAUAACACCAUACCAUGCAAAUGUGAAGGAUCCUGGGUUCAAUGUGGAUUUUUUUAAGCAAUUUAAUGUGGUACUGAAUGGUCUUGAUAACUUGGAUGCUAGACGACAUGUUAACCGUCUUUGCCUGGCUGCUGAAGUCCCUUUGAUUGAAAGUGGAACCACAGGGUUUCUGGGGCAGGUUACUGUCCAUAUUAAGGGCAGAACUGAAUGUUACGAGUGCCAACCCAAACCGACUCCAAAGACCUAUCCUGUCUGCACUAUCACCAGCACUCCAUCAAAGUUUGUUCACUGCAUAGUUUGGGCAAAGGACCUGCUUUUUGCGAAGUUGUUUGGUGACAAAAAACAGGAGAACGAUCUCUUUGUCAGUGCUGGUGAUGGAUCUGAUUCAGAAAAACCUACAGAUAUAUUUGAGCGAGGCUCAGAUGAGGAUCAUGAGCAGUAUGGUAGAAAGAUCUACAACCAUGUUUUUGGAUAUAGCAUUGAAGUUGCCUUGGCUAAUGAAGAAACAUGGAAGAGCAGAAGAAGACCUAACCCCAUCUUUCUUAAAGAUGUGUUGCCAGAAAGACUUAUCCUGCAAAAUGGAAACCUUGAAAAGAACUUCCUGACCGAGGAUUUACCAUUGUCUGCUAUGUCCUCUGUUGGUCUCAGUAACCCACAGGAUGUCUGGAGUCUUGCUGAUAACUCACGCAUAUUUUUGGAGGCAUUGAGAUUAUUUUUUGGGAGGCGAGAGAAGGAGAUUGGGAACCUGACUUUUGACAAAGAUGAUCAAUUGGCUGUGGAAUUUGUGACUUCUGCGGCAAAUAUUAGGGCAUCUUCUUUUGGAAUAUCUUUACAUAGCCUCUUUGAUGCCAAAGGAAUUGCUGGCAACAUUGUGCAUGCUGUUGCAACAACCAAUGCUAGUAUUGCUGGGUUAAUAGUGAUUGAAGCAAUCAAGGUGCUUCAAGCUGAUUUUCAGAACUGUAGGAUGACCUAUUGUCUUGAACAUCCAGCUAGAAAGAUGCUUCUGAUGCCAGUAGAGCCAUUUGAGGCCAACAAAUCUUGUUAUGUCUGUUCGGAGACACCCUUGCUUCUGGAGGUGAACACUCGAACCUCAACAUUGCGGGACUUCGUUGACAAGAUAGUAAAAAACAAACUGGGCAUGAGCUUUCCUUUGAUAAUGCAAGGUGCAACCCUUAUCUUUGAGGUGGGUGAUGAUUUGGAGGAAGAUGUUGCUGCAAAUUAUGCCUUAAACCUUGACAAGGUCUUAGUGGAACUUCCUACACCAGUUUCCAGUGGGACCAUGCUUACAGUUGAGGAUCUUCAGCAGGAAUUAUCAUGCCAUAUAAACAUUAAACACAGGGAGGAGUUUGACGAGGAUAAGGAACCUGACAAGAUGGUCCUGUUGGGGUGGACCGCUCGUGAGAAAGAAUCUCAGGUUGUAAGCAACGGAAAUAGCACAUCUGCUGCCGUUCCAGCAGCAGCUGAAGCAACAAUGAAGUCUGAAGAGGCUGAGGUAAAUGCAGAAAUUUCUGGGACGAAGAGAAAGUUGUCAGAAAUCUUGGAAGCAACAGAGAACCAGGAAGCUUCUCAGAUUCUCUCAAGGCCUGAUGCUGACAAUUUUAAGAAUUCUCAUGAACUUGAGGAUGAUGACGACGAUCUUGUUGUGCUUGAUAAUUAUCCUGAAACAAGCAAGAAGCAGAGGUUGCAUUAGGUUUGAGAAUUUUUUACAUGGGAACUUGAGCAAGCGCAAGAGGUUGAAGGUCGAUUAACGCUUAUCACAUGAUCGAGCAGCUGCUGCUGGUGUUCUCAUCGCUGAACAAGGUGGUGUAGGGGUCGCUCUGGUGCGGCAGCAACGACGGCGGGGGUGGCGGCACGUUGUACAACGGCAACGGCGGCCGAGCGUAGCCCACCGCCGGCUGCAAGACGCUGUCCUGCCCGUUCAUCAUCAUCGUCAUCAUCAUCCUCUGCUGUUGUGGCUUCUGCAUCAUGGCAGCCAUGUACUGCUGCUGGUACGGGUUGGCGGUGGCGACCACCUCGGGCGGCUGCGGCGGCGCCAUCGUUUGGUGGUAGUAGCCAGACUGUGGAACUCCCGCCGGCAGUCCUUGCACCACUGCUGCCGCCGCCGCUGGGAUGUUUCCCAUCAUGCCACGACUGAGCAUGGGAUGAUGACCCCCACCACCCGCUUCUUUCUUGCCGUGACCUUUGCUUGGAUCACUGUUGACAUUUGUGUUCCCAUUGUUAGCGCCAUUGUUCUUCCAACCAUGCUUGGUGGCAGAUCCACCACCGCCACCUUUUCUACCA